AUGGCAUCUUGCUCCAACAUAGAAUCAUUGCCGGAAGAUUGUGUAUGUGCAAUCUUAUCGUACACAUCUCCACCAGAGGCAUGUAGAUUUUCAUUGGUCUCAACCACCCUUCGUUCAGCCGCGGAUUCUGACAUGGUUUGGAGGAGCUUCUUGCCUUCUGAUUACGAGGACAUUGUCUCAAGGAUUGUGAAUCCCCUCACCCUCAAUUUCUCUUCAUACAAGAAACUCUUCUAUUCACUAUGCCACCCCUUUCUCCUUGACGGUGGCAGCAAGAGUUUUAAAUUGGACAAGUCUUCAGGUAAAAAAUCUUAUAUCCUUUCUGCAAGGGAACUUUCAAUAGCAUGGAGCAGCGAGCCAAUCUUAUGGAGCUGGAAACCCACCCCUGAAUCAAGAUUCCGAGAAGCGGCUGAGCUGAGAACAGUGGACUGGUUAGAAAUUGAAGGCAAAAUAAGAACACGAAUUCUAACGCCGAACACGUCAUAUGGGGCUUAUCUCAUAAUGAAUGUUUCGCAUCGAGCGUAUGGGCUUGACUCUUCACCGUCCGAGGUAUCAGUUGUGGUGGGAAACAAAGUGCAAAGAGGGAAGGCAUACUUGGGCCCCAAAGAUGAGAGUAAGGUUCAGAUGGAGACCUUGUUUUAUGGUAGCCGAAGAGAGAUAUUGAGAAACACAGCGAUACGGGACCAAGAAGAUAUUGGGAUCCUACUUCCAUCCAAAAGAGAUGAUGGGUGGAUGGAGAUUGAACUCGGGGAAUUCUUCAGUGGUGACGGUGAUGAAGAGAUCAAGAUGAGCCUCAUGGAAGUGGGGUAUCAAUUGAAAGGAGGCCUUAUCCUUGAAGGCAUCGAAGUGAGACCUAAACAAAUUCAAUCAUCAUAA